AUGGCACCAAAAGCUGGUGGUGACUCCGCCAAUGUAAAUAAUCCAUCGGUGUACAAGGAUAAAAGCAAACCUAACGAUAUACGCCUUAGUAAUAUAAAUGCCGCUAAAGCUGUAUCUGACGCCAUAAGAACUAGCUUAGGACCCCGAGGAAUGGAUAAAAUGAUUCAAGCUGCCAAUGGUGAAGUAACUAUAACUAACGAUGGGGCCACUAUUUUAAAACAAAUCAAUGUAAUCCACCCAGCUGCCAAAAUGCUAGUGGAGUUAUCUCGUGCACAAGAUAUUGAAGCAGGUGAUGGUACCACAUCAGUGGUUGUUAUUGCUGGGGCGCUCCUCGAUGCUGCUGAAAAACUGUUGCAGAAAGGAAUACAUCCGACAGUUAUAUCAGAUGGCUUUCAGAAGGCUUUACAAAUGGCUCUACAGGUGGUUGAAAACAUGUCUACACCAGUAGAUUUGUCUAAUGAAGAUGCUCUUCUCAAAGCUGCUGCUACAUCACUAAACUCAAAAGUUGUAUCUCAGCACUCAACUAUUCUAGCUCCUAUUGCAGUACAAGCAAUUUGUGCAGUAAUGGAGCCAAUUCCCGGUGGAGUGGGUGCUCGAGUAGAUUUACGUGACGUUAAGGUUAUCGAACGUAUCGGAGGGACUGUUGAAGAUACUCAGCUGGUGCAAGGAUUAGUUAUCGCCCAUCGGGCAGCUAAUGUUAAUGGACCUCAUCGCAUUGAAAAGGCUAAAGUUGGUCUCAUACAGUUCUGCAUCUCACCACCCAAAACAGAUAUGGAUCACAAUGUGAUUGUGUCAGAUUAUGCUGCCAUGGACCGUGUAUUAAAAGAAGAGCGUCAGUACAUAUUGAACAUUGUUAAGCAAAUCAAAAAAGCUGGCUGCAAUGUUCUGCUGGUGCAGAAAUCAAUCUUGAGAGAUGCCCUGAGUGAUUUGGCCAUUCAUUUCUUGGAUAAAAUAAAGACAAUGGUCAUCAAAGACAUUGAACGCGAAGACAUUGAGUUUGUUUGCAAAACCUUAGGAUGUAGGCCAAUUGCAUCCCUGGACCAUUUCACUCCUGAAAAUCUUGUCAAUGUAGAUUUAGUGGAAGAAGUUAAUGAGUCUGGUGGGAAAUACAUUAAGAUGACGGGGUGCAGCCAAGGCGGUCGUACGGUGUGCGUGGUAACUCGAGGGUCAAGCAGCGCUGUAGUGGCUGAGGCGGCGCGCUCCCUUCACGACGCCUUAUGCGUGGUACGCUGCGUCGCACGACGGCCUGCCUUACUACCCGGUGGAGGGGCUCCGGAAGCUGCAGCCGCCGCGGCGCUGUCCCAUGCCGCUCUUGUCGCGCCUGGUGCCGACCACUACUGCCUGAGGGCCUACGCUGACGCCCUGGAAGUCAUUCCUUCGACUCUAGCUGAAAAUGCUGGCUUAAAUCCAAUCGAGACGGUGACGGAAUUACGUGCGGCACACGCCAGUGGUUCGGCUGGAGGCGCCGGCGUUAACGUACGUCGUGGCCGAGUUACGGACAUGAGACAUGAACACGUGUUGCAGCCGCUGCACGUCACUGCUUCUGCGCUCGCACUGGCCACUGAGACUGUGCGCUCUAUACUCAAGAUAGACGAUAUUGUCAACACAAUAAACUGA